UUCUGUCAAAAUUUGAAGGUCCGAGAGAAUCCCAACGAUUUCAUAAACUUGUCAGUAACCUGGAUUUCAUUUCCCCCUGCCCUCGCUCACCUUCCUCUGUUUUUCCUCCAUACAAAAUUUAUCCCUUCAAAUUCACCCUCCUUUUCUUCCCUUUCUUCUCGGGCUAGCUAGCCCCAAGCCAAACGAAACAUCCAUCCAUAUCCCCAAAACCCACAUCUCUCUCUCUCUCUCUCUCUCUCUCUCUCUCAUCGAUGAGACAAAUAGCCUCCUGCAUCGGCGAAUACGCAAUUCAAGUAUCCGAUCACGCUUCCUGCUCGACCUCCUCAACCCACUCAUGGAUCUCUCCAAGCCUCACACCAUCAACCCAAACCUCCGUCUCCUGCCUAUACAAAACCACCCUAAUUUCAAACCAAAAACACCUCCUCAUCACAGUCACCUGGACAAGGACCCACACCACCCAAGGCCUAACCAUAACCUUCGGCACAAACCCACCUCAAACUUCCUUCAAACUCAACACCAGCUCCGGCCUCUUCCGGAAAAAGAAAGGCGCGAAGCAACUCGAGGCCGAAAGCUCGAAAAUUGACCUCUCCUGGGACCUCUCGGCCGCCAGGUACAAUGCCGGUCCCGAGCCCACCGACGGGUUCCACGUAACGAUCCUCGUGGACUCGGAACUGGCCUUGGCUCUCGGUAACAAAACUGACAUAUCCAAAGACGUUGUAUCGGCGAAAACCUCGUUAGUUUCGCGGCGAGAGUACUUUUCCGGAAAUACCCUUUACGUGACCAAGGCAAGGUUCUGCGAGGGUGGGGUUUUGCACGAUGUUUUGAUACACUGUGGCGGAGAGAAUGAUCAAACGGAGGGUUCGAAGGGUCCGGUGUUAUCGGUUUGCGUCGAUAAGAAGACGGUGGUGAAAGUGAAGAGGCUGCAGUGGAAUUUUAGAGGGAACCAGAUGGUUUUUGUGGACGGGUUGCUGGUGGACAUGAUGUGGGACGUUCAUGACUGGUUUUUCGGCAGCGGUGGCGGAGCGGCGGGGUUCGGGGUGUUCAUGUUCAGGAGGAGGAGCGGGACGGAGAGUAGGCUGUGGUUGGAGGAGAAAGUGGGGAGGAAGGAGAUGCAGGAGAAGGAGAAGAUGGAGUUUUCUUUGGUGAUUUAUGCAUGUAAGAGCCCUUGAUUAGUCCUUCUUCUUCUACUCUUUUAUGGAUUGUAUGAAUUUUCCGUAAUUUGGUUUUUUGGUUAGUCCUCAAAGGAAAAUAGAUGAUUCUUUAUUAGUAUGAUUAUUAGUGAAGGGGAAAAAAAAAACUUGGAUUGUAGAUUCUAUUUUCGCUUUCAAAGAUGGGAAGUUUUUUAUCAGUCAA